AUGUCGUCCACAAAGGGUCAGGUCAUCAAGUGCAAGGCCGCCGUCGCCUGGGAGGCCGGCAAGGACCUCUCAAUCGAGGACAUCGAGGUCCAGCCCCCGCGCGCCGGUGAGGUCCGCGUUCAGGUCAAGUACACUGGCCUCUGCCACACUGACGCCUACACGCUCUCGGGCAGCGACCCCGAGGGCGCCUUCCCCGCUAUCCUCGGCCACGAGGGCGCCGGUAUCGUCGAGUCGGUCGGCGAGGGCGUCGACCACGUAAAGGAGGGCGAUGCCGUCAUCCUCCUCUACACUGCCGAGUGCCGCGAGUGCAAGUUCUGCAAGUCUGGCAAGACCAACCUGUGCCAGGCGGUGCGCGCCACCCAGGGCCAGGGCACCAUGCCCGACAAGACCAAGCGCUUCUCGUGCAAGGGCAAGGAGCUCUACCACUUCAUGGGCUGCUCCACCUUCUCCCAGUACACGGUCGUCUCUCAGUACUCGCUCGUCGGCAUCAACCCCAAGGCGCCCCUCGACAAGGCAUGCCUCCUCGGCUGCGGUGUCACGACGGGCUUUGGCGCUGCCACCAAGACGGCCAACGUCGAAAAGGGCAGCAACGUCGCCGUCUUCGGCAUCGGCUGCGUGGGCCUCGCCGUCAUUGCCGGCAGCGUCGACGCCAAGGCCGGCCGCAUCAUUGCCGUCGACACCAACGAUGGCAAGAAGUCGUGGGCCGACAAGUUCGGCGCCACCGACUUCGUCAACCCAACCAAGCUGCCCGAGGGCAAGUCGAUCGUCGACCACCUCGUCGAGAUGACCGACGGCGGCCUCGACUACACCUUUGACUGCACCGGCAACGUCCACGUGAUGCGCAACGCCCUCGAGUGCUGCCACAAGGGUUGGGGCGUCUCGACCGUGAUUGGCGUCGCCGCCGCGGGACAGGAGAUCGCCACCCGCCCCUUCCAGCUGGUCACGGGCCGAAAGUGGCAGGGAUCCGCGUUCGGCGGCGUAAAGGGCCGCAGCGAGCUGCCCGGCCUCGUCGAGCGCUACCUGCAGGGCACCUUCAAGGUCGACGAGUACAUUACCCACUCGACCACCCUCGACAAGCUCAACGAGGGCUUCAAGUACAUGAAGAGCGGCGACUGCGUCCGAUGUGUCGCCGACAUGUCGUAG